AAACCACACCCGCUCGCUGUUCACAAUCCACUUUUCACCGUCGUCGCUCUGUGUUUCCAGUUACGCCAAUUUGAUUUCGAUGGCGAUCCAGAGCAGCGUCAAGCAGAAGAUGACGUUGGCCGAGAUCUACGAGUGGAUCACCGAGAACUUCCCCUACUACCGAGACAUCGUCUCUGGCUGGAAGAAUUCCGUCCGUCACAAUUUGUCGCUCAAUAAGUGUUUUGUGAAGGUGGCUCGCACCAAGGAUGACCCGGGCAAGGGCAGCUACUGGGCCAUCGACCCCACGCACAACCCUGACGAGGCCGGCUCCUCCAAGAAGCGGAAACACGCCGGCACCAGGUACUCGCCGUACCCCCCGCCGCCGCCGCAGAAGCGCGUGCCCCCACCGCCGGUGCCCGCCUCCCUGGCGGGCGCCCAUCCGGUGUCGGCGGCGCCCCCGGUGCGGGGCGCGGCGCCGCUGCCCGUGUCGGUGGCGCUACCCGUCUCCCUGGCCGACCCCCUGUCGGUACCGGUGCCCGUCUCUGCCGACGCGGUGGGAGCGGUGGGAUACGCGCCGGCGCCGGCCGGGCAGGAGCACAGCCAGGCGGACCCUCUGUGGGUGGUGGGCCAGUCGUGGCACCAGGAGCCGGCGGCGGUAGCGGCCGCGGCGCCCGUCGCCGCCGAGACGGACAUGACAGCUCCGUGUCUGGCCAUCAGCGCCAGCGACAUCAACGCCAUGGAGUCGCUGCAGUCGCUGCUGUCGCCGGCUGACCUGGCGCAGGUGAUCGCGCACAACGCCCAGGAGUUCCCAGACAGCCUGGCCGCCCUGCUGGCGCCCUACACCGUGCAGAGCACACAGCACGCCAGCGCCUUCCAGCUGGCCGCGCAGGCCGCCGAUCUCAACCUGGGCUCCAGCUUCCUCUCUUCGUCUCUGUCCCUCCGCAACCACGGCUCCGGCGCCACGGUGACCAUCAACGAGGUACCGGAUGAGGGGGCGCCGAGCGGGCUCAAGAUCGAGCGCGAGGAGCUGCAGAGCCUGACCACACUCAGCCCACACGUCAGCAGCUCCACGGCGCUGCAGCCGGCCGAGCUGGCCGACGACUUUGACUGCGAGUACGACUGGGACUCGCUGCUCUGA